AUGUUCAAGUAUCCCGAAUUGUAUGAAGACAAGGCUGAGAAGUUGCGAGUGUUUACAUUCUCGGAGCUCAGGCGGGCCACCAAUGGCUUCAGUUGGCUUGUAAAGAUUUGGGAAGGCGAAUUCAAAAGUUUGUAUGAGGGUACUAUCAAGCCUUCUGAUGGAAAGGGUGAGCCAAUUGUGGUUGCCAUUAAGAAACUCAACAAAGAUGGUUAUCAGGUAUUGAUUAGCCUUUGA